CUUGCAAGGAAAGAUGAGCUGUGAAUUUAUUUCAGUUUCCAAAUAUUGAAUUUUGCCUCUAUAGAAAAAGCAGAAACACAAACGUUAAAGAUUUUUUAUUUUUUUUUUUAACGUAGAAACAGAAUCUGGAAAUCGUUUGCCUGCCUUUCUUUUCUUGCUGCUUCUGCCCAUUAAUGCGUUACAUCUGGGUGUAUUGAAGAGGGUUCAGUCUUAUCCUUCUCAAAUUAGCUUUUCUCCUUAUUGGGUGGCGCUUUGAAUUUCUAUGCUGCACACUACCAGGAAGAAAUCUAGCUGUUUUCACAUUUAAUUAGUUCUGCAAUGGCUGAAAGUAGUACAUCAGUGAUGUUUGAAACUGAUAUUACUGCGCUAGAAGAAGCACUUUAUGCACAACAGCAGCUUCUGCAAAAGCUUAAUGCUGAGUUGGAUGUGGAAAGAGAAGCUGCAGCCUCUGCAGCUAGUGAAGCUUUAUCGAUGAUUUUGCGUUUACAAGGCGAAAAGGCUUCACUGAAGAUGGAAGCGAUUCAAUAUAAGAGGAUGGCAGAAGAAAAGAUGUGCCAUGCUCAGGAGGCUCUGACAAUUUUUGAAGAUCUAAUAUAUCAGAGAGAAAUGGAGAUUGCAUCUCUUGAGUUCCAAGUUCAGGCUUAUAGGUACAGACUGCUAAGCAUGGGUUGUAACGAUUUGGGUGUCUAUGAAAUUAAAUUUCCAGAGAAUCUGUUAAUGCAGAGAAAUGAUAAUUUGUUAGGGGAAAAGGGUGUCAAUAGCAAUGUGAAGAGACUCAACUCUGUGCCUCAAGCUAUGAUGAAAGAUCCCAAUCAUAAGAAAAGUGCUAUUGAAAGAAAAAUGUAUGUGACACCUGUGUCAGAUUCAAUUGCAAGCACUGUGGAAGAAAAUAUGAGUCAAGAAAUUGAUGAUGCAGAGAAGAAACUAGGGAAUUGUGCAACCCUGGACCUUAAUUUAUAUUGGGAGCAGAUCAAAAAGUUGGACGAGCGAGUGAAAGAGAUUUCAGAUAGCAAAGAAUCUGGUAGAAACAAAUCAACACUCUGGAAAGGAGGUACCUGGUCUCCAUCAUUGUUUUCACAAGUGAGCAUUGGCACUUCCAUUGAUGUUGUGACAGAAGAAAAUACUAAUAUUUCAGAUCAAGAAAAUUCACAGGCAAAGGAGGCAACUGAUUAUCCUGCUUGCUCUUCAAGUGUUCAGGAUAUAUUUGAAGUUCCACAAACUAUUGAGAGUCAAAAACCUUGUGAACCCUGGAAGAAAGAAUUUUGUAAAUUGACUUUGGAUGUUGGAAACAGGCAUGCAAAGCAAGAUUCAGUGGCUGAGGACGCUCUUGAUUCACCUAAUAAACAUGAAACAGACAGGGUAAAGGCAAUAUUACUUCCUGCAAACCAUGAGAGGAAAUUACCUAAACCAAGAAAUGUAUUAAGUCUUUCGCGCUGUGUUUCACCUGUUUUCCAAGCAGUUAAUCUAGGUAAUUCUCCACCUGAUUAUCAACAGCUGAGUUGGAGAAUUGAUAGGCUUGAGAGAGCAAGAAAUAAUGCAAGGCAAGAAAUCACGUCUGGAGGAGAAGAGGAGUUGAAUUUAUUGAAGGAGAUUCGAGAACAACUCAAAUCCAUAGAGUCUGAGAUGAAAAGCUGGAGAGCUAAGAAAUCCCUUGUUCCAAAUGAGCCAUCUUUAGAUCUUCUCCAACAGGCGAUGGUGUACUUUUGGAUGUAAUGAGUUAUAUCAUCUCCGAAAGCUGCUGUUAACAUUAACCAUUUGUGUAUCAUGGUCUGAGAACUGGAAUUGUGUGAAAAUUGAUAGCAAUACUUGGAUUAGAGUUAUUUUCCAUAUGAAAUUUCCUUUUAGAACAAGUGUGUUUUUUACUGGAUUGCUUUCAGGUAAGCUAGCAUGUAUGUUUUUUACUCAUCAAGAUGGAUUGUGACUGCA